AUGAGCGGAAAAAUGAUCACUACUAUCGCUGCCGGCGGUUGCGCCAUCUCGAUCGUCGUCGCCCUGACCACGGUCGCCUACAUCUUCAACGACAUCAACAACUUCUAUGAUGAGACUCGCCGUGACAUCACCGAGUUCCGCGGAUUCGCUGAUGGAGCCUGGAAGGAAAUGGUCGUCUCCAAGACCGUGAAGGCCUCUUUCAUCUUCGGCAGGAACAAGCGUCAAGCCAGCUGCAGCUGCGGAGCCGGAUCUAACGGAUGCCCCGCCGGACCCCCCGGACCUCCCGGCCAGCCCGGUGCUCCCGGCGAUGAUGGAGCCCCAGGAGAUGCUGGAAAGGACGGAGGUGUUGGCAAAUCUGCCCUCCCCGAGGACCAGAAGUCCGAGUGCCAGACCUGCCCCGCUGGACCCCCCGGACCCCCCGGGCCCGAUGGACCCGCUGGAAACGCCGGACCCGACGGACAGCCCGGAAACCCCGGGUCUCAGGGACAACCUGGACAGCCCGGACCCGCCGGACCUGCUGGAGAUGCUGGAGCCCCCGGAAACAAUGGACAGCCUGGAGCCCCUGGACAACGCGGACAGGACGGCAAGAGGUACACCACUCAGCCCGGAGCCCCUGGACAGCCUGGACCCGCUGGACCUGCUGGACCCGCCGGACCCAACGGACAGCCUGGACAGCCCGGAGAAGAUGGACCCGAGGGACCUCAAGGAGGAGCUGGACAGCCCGGAGAGGCCGGAUCCGAUGGACAGCCCGGACAGCCCGGAAAAGAUGGAGCCCCAGGAGCCGAUGCCGCCUACUGCCCUUGCCCACCAAGGACUGGAUCAAGCGGAGUCAGCGGUGGAAGCGACUCUUCCGACUACUCGCCAGCCCCAGCCCCGGCUCCGGCUCCGGCCCCAGCCCCAGCCCCAGCGGCUCAGGUUCCCGCCGCCCAGGGAGGAUACCGUCGCAAGGCCGCUCGCGUCGCC